CAAAAAAUAGUGUUUGCCCUUUUCUCAACCCAAAGUCUCUCUCUCUCUUUCUUCCUUCAUUCUUCUUCAUCAGCUGUUUUCCGCCUCACACCGAACCAUCUCCAACCAAUGGCGGCGACUACGACUACUGCUGCUUCACUAGCGUGUGCCCACUUCCUGAAUCAGAACAAGAUUCACGCGUUUCCGACCAAAACCCCAAACAACUCCGUGCAAAUCAUCGAUGGGAGGAAAAUGAGGAGUGCCACUCUCUUCUCUGCUGCUUCCACUGAUAAAGCUAUCACCACUGCUCAAUCUGUUUCGCCCACAGCAUGUGAUAGAGUAAGGAGGCAUACGAUCUCGGUGUUUGUGGGUGAUGAGAGCGGUAUAAUAAACCGUAUAGCUGGAGUGUUUGCUAGAAGAGGUUACAACAUCGAGUCUCUAGCUGUGGGGUUGAACGAAGACAAAGCUAUGUUUACCAUUGUUGUUCUUGGGACUGACAAAGUCUUGCAGCAAGUUGUUGAACAGCUUAACAAACUCGUCAACGUCAUCAAGGUUGAAGAUCUCUCCAAGGAGCCGCAUGUAGAACGUGAGUUAAUGCUAAUUAAACUUAACGCUGAUCCAACCACCCGCUCUGAGAUCAUGUGGCUGGUGGAUAUCUUUAGAGCAAAAGUGGUGGAUACCUCUGAUCACACUCUAACGAUCGAGGUAACUGGAGAUCCGGGAAAGAUGGUUGCACUAACAGCGAACUUAGAGAAGUUUGGGAUAAAAGAAGUCGCGAGAACAGGGAAGAUUGCUCUGAGACGGGAAAAGAUGGGAGAAACUGCUCCAUUUUGGAGAUUUUCAGCGGCAUCAUACCCUCAUCUAGUAAACCAAUCAUCUCAUGAGACUGUAGUAGAGAAAACAAAGCAAGCGUUGACUGGUGGAAAUGGCACUGCAUCAUCUGGGGGUGACGUUUAUCCAGUGGAGCCUUAUAAUGAUUUCAAACCGGUUCUUGAUGCUCACUGGGGAGUUGUCUACGACGAAGAUUCAGAUGGUCUCCGAUCCCACACGUUAUCUAUACUUGUAGCCAACGUUCCUGGAGUUCUCAAUCUAAUAACUGGAGCUAUCUCCAGGAGAGGUUAUAACAUCCAGAGUUUAGCUGUUGGUCCUGCUGAGAAAGAGGGCUUGUCUCGGAUCACGACAGUUAUCCCUGGAACUGAUGAAAACAUCGACAAGUUGGUGAGGCAGCUUCAGAAGUUGAUUGAUCUUCAUGAGGUUCAAAAUAUAACACACAUGCCAUUUGCGGAGAGAGAACUGAUGCUGAUCAAAGUAGCUGCUCAUACAUCUGCAAGGAGAGAUGUUCUCGAUAUUGCUCAAGUCUUCCGAGCUAAAGCCAUUGAUGUCUCUGAUCAUACUAUCACUCUUGAGGUUACGGGAGAUAUCAGAAAAAUGGCUGCUCUGCAAACACAGUUAGAGGUCUACGGAAUCUGUGAGGUGGCUAGGACAGGAAGAGUGGCAUUGGUAAGAGAAUCUGGAGUGGAUUCGACUUAUCUUCGUGGAUACUCUCUUCCUUUGUAGAGUUCCAAAGAGGACUCGCCACAAGCUUUCAUCUGUUCCUAGAACUUAGUCAAGGACUUGCACGCUGUUUCAUCAUUGUGUCAAAUGAAUGUAUUAUCAUCUCCUAAUGUGUCAUGGCAUUUCGAGUUGUUGUUGUUGUUGUUGUAGGACUUAUAUAUUAGAGAAUUUGGAAGACUAUGUCGGUUUUUAGUCAAUUAGUCAUAUCACCACUUUUCGAAAAUGUAAAAACUCUCAUCUCUAGUUUCUCAAUAAAUCAUAAGCUUUCAAAGGCUUGUAAUAUAAACUUGUUUUACUGUAUGUUCACACUUUCAUAAAUAGUUAAAAACACAGUUUACACAAUACAUAACAAAUUAGUCAUGGACUCAUUAACCAAAACAAGUGAUUUUAUCUAAGUAAGUUUACACUCUUUGCUGUUAUUGUUGUCUGAUUUCAAUUGUAUAGCAGCCAUAAGUCCAACAAGCUCUUCCACAUCAACCUUACGAACAUCUUUCCUCACACCAACAUCAUAAGCCAAACGACCAAUACAGUAGUUACCAUACCCAGUCAACGCCAAGGCUCCAACACCAGUAGCCACAGCUCCAAUCGUCGUAGAAAGAGCACUAGUCGAAGCAGAAACCGUCAAAGCAGGAGACGUCAACGAAGCUGCUUGACCAGUACUACUCGUCCCCACACCUAAAGCCCUUAAUGUCAAAGAAACAACACCACCUGCCGCACACACCGAAUGAACCUGGCUACUACUCCCCGACUUUGUCACCGACAACACGAGCAAACCAGUCUUGCAAUAGAUGGCGAAAUCUUCGCAGUUGUUGUCCAAGAGAUGGUACUCACCAAACCCGUUUCGGGAUAAGAGGAACUUUGCCCUGGAGAUGACUUCUUCAGGAGGAUCUGAUGGUGCUAUAGUGCAGGUACCUCCUCGUUGUUUGGCGAGGAAGAUGGCUUUGGAGACGUUGUAUUGGAAGAGAUAGAGGUUUCCUCCGGAGAGGAAACAGUCGAGGCAAGAGGAGAUGACACCGUGGAGAUUGGUUUGGUCUUUGCAAUUAGGACACGGGUUGUCUCCUCCGUGAUGAGGAACUGAACUAACGAUGAUCUUGUCUAGAAUAGGACUCCCUGUUCCGAUUUCUAAACCACCUCCACGUGUGAAAUGGAUUACUUUCCCAUCUCCUACAUAGAUUCCUGUGAAAUUGCAUACAUAUUAAAGAUGGCUGAUCAAGAAAAAUUGAGUAAAUGAAAAGAGAGAGGGGAGGAGAUGGAACCGUGAUGGGUAUAGAUGUAAGAGCGCCAUGAAUAGAUGUGAUCUCCUGCCUUGAGUUCAUCUCUGGAGAUCUUGUUCGAGAACAAUCCCAUUUUCUUUCUUCUCUGUUCUUCUUUUUCGGACAAAGACUAUAUCCGAUUUUGCUUAAUGAGUUAGGCUUUUCUUUCUGUUCUUUUCCUUAAAUUUAUUAUUACCAACAAAACAGACGUGUUGCCUUAUUUUGAUUAUAU